UAACGGAACCGGUAGCGUUUUUUUGAAGUCCGGUAGGAACCUUUCUCGAACGGAGAAAGGUUCCUACACGUGAGCAAUGGCCGAGCAGACACUUCUUAUCGGUCUCUGUGACGGAGAGCUGGAUCCCAGGAAAUACCCCUCCACAUUUCUGACAAACAAAAUCGGGGGCAAACCGGACUGGUCGUCGGCUGUCACCGGGCAGUCACCCUGCUGUCGUCUUUGUAGCGCCCCGCUAGCCCAUGUGGUGCAAGUGUACUGCCCCCUCCAGGACUCUCCCUACCAUAGAAACCUUCACCUGUUCGCCUGCUGCCAGCCUGGCUGCAGCGGGACGUCUGGUAGCUGGACGGUCCUCCGCUGCCAGUGUCCGGAGGCUCUCAACCAAUCCUCUACGCCACAGGUAGUUGUUCCGUCGGCCACAGAUUGGUGUGAGUUAGCUGAUGACUGGGGAAUGGAGAGGGAGGAAGAUGAUUCUGGAUGCAGAGGAGGUGAUGACCAUCGGCAACAGUCUGAAGAUCUGCAAACAGGAGAGGGACAUUUGGAAUCUGGAAACUUGUCAGGUGUUGCAGACUCUAACUUUCACUCUGGUGUUUCAUCAGUAAGUCCUACAGUCUGCCCCAUGGAUGUCAGCUCCGGUCUUCAACAACUCAGUCUGGUAGAAUUUGAAGACAUGCCCGUCUUCCGUCCAUUUUUCAUCAGUGUGGUGGAGGAGUCAGAACUGUGUGAGGAGGACGAUCAGCUGGAGCACGCUCAGGAACUUCUGAGGGAGUAUGAGAGGAGAGAGGGCACAGCAGUGUGGGAGGGAGAGGAAGGAGGUGGUGGUGGAGGAGAGAAGUAUGAAAAGGCUGAAGCCAGACACAGAGAUGCUGCUUUCUUCAGGUUCAUGAAGGCCGUUUCGUUGUGUCCGCAGCAGAUCCUGCGCUACUGUCGCCACAGUAAACCACUCUUCAUCUCCAAGCCGCCAUCCAAAGUGAGUCAGGCGGUUCCAGCAUGCGGCUCCUGUGGAGAACCCAGGACCUUUGAGCUGCAGCUGAUGCCUGCUCUGGUCAGUCUGCUGCAGAGGACAGACAGCAGCCCAGAGGACGAACUGGAAUUUGGGACUGUGUUGGUUUAUACUUGCACUAACAGCUGCUGGACUGCAGGAACAAACUGCCCAGUGGAGGAGUACUGCUUUGUUCAGCCGGACCCAGAUCAGCAGCUCUUUAAAUGAUGGAGCAGAUUGAUUAAUCUAAUCAUUGCUUUAUACAUUAAAAAUGGAUGAAAGAAGUAUACACCACCCAUCCAUUAUCAUACACAUUUAUUGUCCCUAGUGGGGUUAGGAGAGGUGCUGGUACCUAUCGAGAGGUGGGGUCACCCUGGACCGGUCACCAGUCCAUCACAGAUACAUAAACAUGUGAGGAUUAAAGCGGAUCCUGUUUUUGGUUUGUCUCAGCAGCAUUAAAACAUCAAUCAUAACCUGCGUCUGAACAAUGCUCGGUUUCCAUCAAUCAAUCAUGUUUUUAGUGUAAUACCAUAAAAAAAAGUAAAGGACAUAUGAAGACAAUUCAUAUUCUUCCAUUGAUAUGUGUAACCCCAUUUACAUUUUUUCUGCAAAUAUCCUGUAGUAAUCAGAUUGGUUAUGUUGAUGCCAAGUUAGUGCCUGACAUGUCUACUCAAAUCUGUCAUAUGUACGUGAUGCAUUCACAUUCAUAUGCAUUCUUCCCUUUAUGAAAUAAAUAAAUUCAUAUUUGUC